GGCGCGCUCGGCACGCUUAAACCAAGCAAAACAUAAGACAAAGAAGGGAGUUCGGCGACCAGAUUGAAUCAACCUCUGAAGGAGGGAGGGGGGAUAGAGUAAACAGAGAGGACCAGGUAACGGUACCCAACCUGAGAGACGAAAUGCAAAGGAAAAUCAAAGUAGCUGCAAACAGUUUAUUUUCACAGGGUCAGCAGAGAACUGAAUAGUAACGUUAUCUAUUUUCUUCUGUAAGUAUCGACUACUAUAGCAAACAGUUACAUCUGAAAUGGACCGUAAUAUUGCAGACUUCUCUGGGACGUGGAAAAUGAAGACUUCUGAAAACUUUGAAGAACUCCUGAAAGCACUGGGUGUGAACGUGUUUAUCAGGAAGAUAGCCGUGGCUGCAGCCUCCAGGCCUGCAGUAGAGAUCACCCAGCAGGGAGAGAGCCUCUCCAUCCAGACCUCCACCAGCGUACGCACCACCCAUGUCUCCUUCACCGUGGGACAGUCCUUCAAUGAGACCACAGUGGAUGGACGCCUCUGCACGGUAAUACUCCAUUUCCACACUCUUCAUCAUCUUCAUCUCCACAUAUGUUGCAUGAAAUAUUUUUGUUACCAUAUGUGCAUAUUUUGCCAGGACUAUGAAAUUAUUUUGCCAGUGUAUGAAAUUAGGGGUCUGUAUAAGCAUGUGGAAAUAAUCUGUGUGUAACUUGAUAGUUGUUCUUGGUAAUGGUUUACUAUUCUUACUUUUUAUAUGGUUUGUAGAGGGCAGCAAACAUACCGUCUAACAGACUUGAGGAAGCAGUAACAUGCUGCAACAGUACUGAGUACCAAAUGAGAAGCCUCAGGGUCACACACAGAUCUACUGUGUCUUUCUAUCUAACCACUUCACUACAAUCCUUGCUUGGCCUUCCUCCUAUGAUCUCCAGAGUACCCUCGCUGGGAGACAGAUAGCAAGAUCAGCUGUGAGCAGAUUUUGCAGAAAGGGGAGGGCCCUAAGACUGCCUGGACCCGUGAAGUGACCAAUGAUGGUGAACUGAUUUUGAUAAUGAGCGCUGGGGAUGUCGUGUGCACCAGAGUGUAUCAACGAGAAUGAAAACUUUCAAGACUGUCAAACGUUUCAUUUUGUGCCUCUUUUUUCACUUUUCUUAAUUUCUACCUGUUCUGUUUGCUUAUUUAAUCUUCCAGUCAUUCAGAUUGUGGUUAACAAGAUGUCAGUGGUGUGCUUUUUGUCAGACAGAGUUUGACUGUUGUGAAAGCCUUGUGUCAGUUUAUUUUGAUGUUGUGUCCGUUUUAUGUUCUCGUAUUAGCUUGUAAUGGUAUCGUUUUUCCUACACAACCAAAGCUGUAUUCAUUCUCAGUAUACCGCAUGAAAACUCAUAUUUUUUACCAAAGCAACUGUAAACCAUCCUCAAAAUGUUGUUAAAACAAUUACAAAUUGCUCAUGUAUUUCCAAAACCUGAUUUUUUUAUCAGCUUUCUGAUUCAAACCGAGACCUUGUCCAUCACCGCUGUUCUGACUUUCUCUCUCUCCAUACCACCUCCUUUCAACUUCUAUCCUCUGCCUAAGAUCUUUGUUUGCAUCCCUCAUUUAUUUUCCACCCCUCCCUGCCACUUCCAUGCCACUUGGCCUCUUUGACAAGUAGCCUAGCAGUCAAUUGUGCUGGGCUAGUAACCAAAAGGUUGCUGGUUCAAAUCCCUGAGCCAACAAUGUGGAAAAAUCAGCCAUUCUGCCCUUGAGCAAGGCAGUUAACCCCCAACGACAACUGCUGCCCUUCUCUCCUACACACCCCUUUCUCUAUGUGCUCUCAUCCCUUACCAUUUUGUUCAUUAAAGUUUUUAUACUCCAAGAGAGAAUCCAUAUUUUAUGAACAACAUAUUAUACUCCCCUUGUCUCUCAUUUGGCAAGAGGAAAAAACAGGAGCGGUAGGGAAAGAAUGAGUGUGAGGGACAAUAACAAAAUCAUUUCAUAUUGAGAACGGUGCUAUUCCCUCCGCUCUCCUUCCCAGCUGUACCUACUUACAGUAUGAGCUCAAUAAAAGGUUCCCCACCCCCUCUUCCCUGGACUCGGCCGGCAGCCGAAACAAAAUACAGUCACACUUACAUUAACACAUACUUGGGAGGACGGUUCAGUUCUUAGAAAAUAAUGGACUGAAGAAUGGAUUGAACAGUGCAGGAUCUCUCGUGCACUUCCUGAGGAGAGAGAAUGCUUACUCUGUCCAUAGGCAGUGAUGGUUUUUCCAGAUUUGCAGACUGUGUGCCAAGGGUCCCAAAUCGCAGCCUAUUGCCUAUAUAGGGCUCUGGUCAUAAGUAGUGAAGAAUGUAGCGAAUAGAGUCCCAUUUUGAACGCAGCCAAGCCCUCUGAGGUCCUCCUCAGAUUUACUCACUGUGCUGAGCCAGCAUCAGGUUUCCUGGGCUUCAUUUCCCCAAACUGUGUGUUUUCACAAUAAACUCACUGGGUAAGUGAGUGAGUGAAUGAAUGAAGUGAGAGUGAGUUAUGUAACCUGAGGUGCAUAGCUCCCAUUUCAAACAGACAGUUCAGUCAAAAGUGUUGAUGCAUUCAUCCAAACUUAAUUAAUCCAUACUCUAACUGAUAUGCGUAUAUGUAUAUAUUUUUUUAAACGGUCCUUCCGCUCUGGUCUGAAAAUUAGUUUGCUUCGUUUGGCCGGGUGGCCAACUCUAGGAAGAGUCUUUGGUGGUUCCAAACUUUUCUCAUUUAUGAAUGAUAAGAGGCCACUGUGUUCUUGAGGACAUUCAAUGCUGCCAAAACAUUUUUUUAUACCCUUCCCCAGAUCUGUGUUGAGACACAAUCUUGUCUCGGAGCUCUACGGACAAUUCCUUCGAACUCGUGGCUUGGUUUUUGCUCUGUCAACUGUGGGACCUUAUAUAGACAGAUGUGUGCCAUUCCAAAUAAUUUCCAAUCAAUUGAAUUUACUACAGGUGGACUCCAAUCAAGUUGUAGAAACAUCUCAAGGAUGAUCAAUGAAAACAGGAUUUCGAGUCUCACAGCAAAGGGUCUGAAUACUUAUGUGAAUAAGGUACUUCUGUUUUUUAUUUUUAAUACAUUUGCAAAAAUGUCUAAAAACCUGUUUUCGCUUUGUCAUUAUGGGGUAUUGUGUGUAGAGAAAUGGGGAACUAUUUUUAUUUAAUCAAUUUUAGAAUAAGGCUGUAACAUAACAAAAUGUGGAAAGUCAAGGUGUCUGAAUAGUUUCCGAAUGCACUGUAUAUGCGAUCAGAGGCGUCAUGCCUAUAGGGGGCACAGGGGCACGUGCCCCACCAGAUUUGUCCUGUUAUUGUUUCUCUGUAAUAAUACUAGCCACCUAGCAAUUUUAUGAAGUUGGCUUUGGCUAGCCCAUAUAGGUUCCCAAUCUCCCAACCUCAUAACUACACUGAACAAAAAAUAGAAACGCAACAUGCAACCAUUUCAAAGAUUUUACUGAGUUAAUGUUUAUUUCAGGAAAUCAGUCAAUUGAAAUAAAUUCAUUAGGCCCUAAUCUAUAGAUAUCACAUGACUGGGAAUACAGACAUGCAUCUGUUGGUGGUGGAUACCGUAAAAAAGUAGGGCAUGGAUCAGAAAACCAGUCAGUAGCUGGUGUGACCACCAUUAAAGAGCAGCAAUAAAAUAACAAUAGCGAGACUAUAUAUACAGGGGGGGGACCGGUACAGGAUCAAUGUGCAGGUUAGUUGAGGUAAUAUGCACAUGUAGGUAUGGUUAUUGAAGUGACUAUGCAUAGAUGAUAACAACAGAGAGGAGCAACGGUGUAAAAUAGGGGAGGGGCAAUGCAAAUAGUCUGGGUAGCCAUUUGAUUAGAUGUUCAGGAGUCUUAUGGCUUGGGCGUAGAAUCUGUUUAGAAGCGUCUUGGACCUAGACUUGGCACUCCGGUACCGCUUUCCAUGCGGUAGCAGAGAGAACAGUCUAUGAGUAGGGUGGCUGGAGUCUUUGACAAUUUUUAGGGCCUUCCUUUGACACCACCUGGUAUAGAGGUCCUGGAUGGCAGGAAGCUUGGCCCCAGUGAUGUACUGGGCCGUUCACACUACCCGCUGUAGUGCCUUGCGGUCAGAGGCCGAGCAGUUGCCAUACCAGGCGAUGAUGCAACCAGUCAGGAUGCUCUCGAUGGUGCAGCUGUAGAACUUUUUGAGGAUCUGAGGACCAAUAUCAAAUCUUCAGAGGUCUCUUGAGGGGGACACCAAGGAACUUGAAUCCUUCAACCUACUAAAUGGGUGUAUAUUACAAAGUGUAUUUCAAAUCUAUAUAUCAAUGUAUGUAAAAUGUAAUCACAAUAUAUAUCAAAAGCAUCAGAAAAUGUAUUUAAUGUAUUUCAAAAUACAUUCUGAAAUACAUUAAAGAAUAUAUUUUCUGAUUAAUUUACUGAUAUAUUUGGUAAAUAUAUAUUUUAAAUGUCACGCCUUGGUCUUAGUGUUUUGUGUUUUCGUUGAUUGUUUGAUCAGGCCAGGGCUGCCUGAGGCGGUUCUCAAUCAGAGUCAGGUGAUUCUCGUUGUCUCUGAUUGGGAACCGUAUUUAGGUAGCCUGGGUUUCGCUUUGUAUUUCGUGGGUGAUUGUUCCUGUCUCUGUGUAGUGUUUACCAGAUAGGCUGUAAUUAGAUUUCACGUUCCGUUUGUUGUUUUGUAUUUGUAGAAGUUAUUUCAUGUAUCGCGAUUGUUUCAUUAAAGAUAUGAGUAACCACCA